AUCAGAGAUAGUAAGAGAGAGGGAGAAUACGUUCAGCUGCUUCCGCAACGAUCAGCACGUUCCUGUCUUCUCAUCGUCGACGCGAGUCCGUUCUUCUCUCUUAUCUUCGGGUUCAUCGUGCAUCUCUCCACUAAACAAAAAAAAAAAAAAGACAAGAAUAAUAAAAAGAAAAAAAAAAGAAACGAGAAAGAAAUAGAAAAGUGAUAAGAGAGAAAGAGAGAGACAGAGAUAACGUGUCAUUUUGUGUACCCGUGUCCGUGUACGUGUCCGUGUACGUGUGUUCGUUUAAACGACAUACACAUAUAAGUGUUAACAAAAAUUUCAUCGAUAUUAUUUAUUGAAUUAAAAAAAAAAGAAGAAGAAAAAAAAUUAUUCUACACUUUUCAUAAAAUCAAGUAACCAAGUAACCAACCCUCUUCCACCCCCUUCCCCUCAACCCCUCACGUAACAACCAACGAACUACUUCCUCCGAUUAAACGAGUGACCUUGAAUCUUGACACUCUACUACUAUUACUAUAAUACUACUGUUAUUAUUAUUACUAUAUCGAACGGAGGAGUUUAUUGAAUAAACUUCGAGUGUCAUCCGGCAAUAAUUUAAUCCGAUUUUAAUUGAUCAAUGCAAGUGGAGUUGAGGGAGAAAUAGAAAAAGAAAACGAAAGAACAAGAAAAAGAAAUUAAUAAUUAAAAAAGAAUUUGUUUGUAUAAAGAAACUUUUUUCGUGCAUUGGAAAAGAUAGGGGUAGGUUGGGGGUGAACGGUGCGGUACAGUGAGGGUGUUAAGGGUGGCAAAUGGCGGGCAGUUCAGUCGGGCGGCCGACGGGUUAAGGGUCAAGGUCAAAUGGCUUCAGAUCGAUAUACUCAACCCGGAAGUAAAAAAGAAAUCUCUUCGGACGAUUGAAUAAAAAAGGAAAGAAAGAAACGACCCGUUUCUUUUACGAACUGUGAAUUCGAAGGAAAAACAAAACUUGAAAAAAUUACGAACUUGCAUUAUUGUAAUUAUUGAUUGAGUGCGUGCAUCUCCAUAAAAAAAAAAAAAAAAAACACACGAAUUAAUCUCGAAUUAAUUACGAACGGAAGUAUCGUUGAAACGAUAUAAAGAUCGUUUUCGUGAUUUGAUUAAUAAAAAAAAAAAAAAGAAACAAACAAAUAAAAAAAAAAACAAGAUGGAUGGAUGGAAGAGUUGGAAGUCACGUGACAAUUCGUUCAUAACCAAUUGGUAUCAACGUGUUCGUGAAUCAUACGUAGCCGUUUGGUUCUUCGGGAUGUUUCAGAGUGGCGGAAUGUCAACUGCGAGUAAUAGUGGUGGGGGAGGUGGAGGAGGAGGAGGAGGUGGGAGUGGGGGUGGGGGUGGAGGAGGUGGAAAUGGGGGUGGUGGUAGCAGUGGAAGUGUUAGUGGAGCUUUAAGUUUAAUGGGCUGCGUCAGAGAAGCUUCUCCUCCUCCCCCAAAUCAUCACCAUCAUCAUUAUCAUCAUCAUCAUCAUCAACAUAAUCAGCAACAACAGCAACAACAACCUCGUGGACUUGGAAUUGGUGAUUUUUCGUCGAACAGUAGCGUCGAUCCUUUACCUAAAGAACCAAAAAAACGACGUUUUCAUCCACUCAGAGGAUUGAGAAAAAUUUUUCGAAGGAAAAGUCGUGGCCCGGCUGACGUACGUUUGGUAUCUGCACCUGGUACAGUUGGGAAUGGCGAACGGGAUAGUUCAGAAUUGGGACGGAUCCCACGGGAAGAUGUCACACUUAGACAUCCUGCUGGAAGGGCUGAAGAAGCACGAAGUAGAAGUGCUAGCGAGUUACUCACAGACUCAUGCGAUCACGAAAGCAGUAAAAGAAGUUCAAUAUCUUCAAUCACUUCGAUUGGACUAUCAUCUCGAAGCUAUAGAUUGGUUACUCCGGUGAAGCCUCGAAGGUCCUUCAAGCAUGUAUUUCGAAGAAGAAAUGGAACGGAGGAUUCUUUCGUAAAGCUACGAGGUGGUACAGGAAAAUUGUCAGUAUCUCACGACAGUGUAUUCCCAGGAGAGGUGCCUCAUACUCGUCCUCUUUCCUCAUUGGACAGUCUGCCAGCCCUCGAGCGACGACAAGAGAGGAAAAGCAACGAGAUCGAACACAAAGACUACGCACCGUACGUAGUACAAAGGCACAGGAUAUCCUUACGAGUGCUCGAGCAAAUAAAGACGGUCAUAGAGAACCGGAACCAGCAACAAUCAUCGGCAAUUUCCUCUGACAAUUCAAAUAACACCUUGCAACAGACUGCGGGAGAACGUUAUCAGCAGGAAACCACCGAGAAUCGUUUCGGAAAUUACGACAAACCGGAUAAAAGUAUCAGCGAUGAGAGCCAUAUCAAAGUCACCAAACCCACGAAAGAAAAUGUCGAGAGGACAGUUUCUACGGUGAAAGAGGAUUUACCUCAAUUCGAGAGUGCCAGUUUGAAUCACACGGCAGCCUUGCAUAGAAUUUCGGUUCGACCAAAAAAUCGUCGGCCACCAAGACGUGCACCAUCGACGAUAAACAAGACUACAACUUCAACGAUAACAACCAUAGUCGAGGAUACACUGGACGAAUUGGAUCAACCAAAGUCUCCUAAAAAUAUUAUCUCGUCUUCACCGAUAGAAUCCAAAAAGAAUAUAGCAUCGGUGACACGAAAACUAUCAGCGAGGAUAUCAAGAAAUUCAGAUGUGUUCGAAGGCCUAGAUUCACCACAAACCCAACAACAACAACAACCGCAACAGCAGCAGCAGCAGCAGCAGCAACAACAACAACAACAACCGCAACUUAAAUUACCUAGAAAACCUUCAAGCAUUGCAUCCUUGUCACCUGAUAGUCUGGACCCACCUAAUACAGUAUCAAGGACAAACGUUGAGUCCAGUGACGAACAAGUUGAUAUCAGAUCGGUUACAAGAAGACCAUCCAACCGUAUAUCAAAAGGAUCAGACGUAUUCGAAGAAUUAGAAUCUAAGUUACCACGUAGGAGGUUAUCGUCAAGUAGAUCAUCAAAAUCACCGGACAGCUUAGAAGCUAGUUCAUUUUUGUUCUCCAAAUCAACAGAAGGUUUUGAGAAUUUAGUAGAAUACGAAGAGGUAGCAAAACCUGUAUCUAGAAGACUGCUCAAUCCAAUCUCAAAGUCAACCGAUCGUAUAUCAAAGUCUUCUGAUAGUUUAGAAGCUAUUGAAGCAUUGACCAGUGACGAUUCAAUAGAACGUAGAAGAAGUAGUUUCGAAUUCCGAGCACGUAGAUCAUCCAAAUCGAUCUCUAAAUCGUCAGAAAGUUUUGAAGUACUCGAUCAGAGUCAGCAUGGUUCGGAUAUCGUUCAAGAAUUACAAAAGAGAAGUAGUAUCUCCGAUAUGAAUCUAUCAAGGGGUAGAAGACUUUGUAAGAGUACUUCCAAGUCUACGGAGAGUUUUGAAAGGAUUGAUAAUUGUGAAUUUAAAAAUCUUGAACUUUAUAAAAAAGAAGAAGACGAAGAGGAAGAGGAAAGAGAGGACGAAGGAAAAGUUCCAAGAAGAAGAACGAACAAAAGAAUGUCUUCUGAAAGUUCUGAUAAUCUUGACGUUGAAGAUAGAUUAGAAAAUAGAAGAGUCAGACGAAUACCAAAAAGAGUACCAAGUACAAGCAUCGUUGAUAUUAUUCCUAUGGAUAAUAACAAAGAGGAGAGAAGGUCUAUAAGAAAAUCUAGGCUUCAGAAAUCAUCUGAGAGUUCAGAAUUAGGUAGUACUGAUACUUUGGACUCUGAAAGAAGGAAUAAAUCAUCGGAAAGUACUGAAACAUUGGAUAGUUUAGAAAAAGAUAUCGAACAGGAUAGGAAAGAAGAGGAGAUAACUGAUAACGUUGUGGAUAGACGUGAUAAGAAUGAUUCUUGGUCUAGCCGAAGUAUGACAACGGAUUCAGAUCAGACAUCUAUGGCAGAUGGUACAGAAGAUUCUAAAUCAUUGAUAUCGCCUGAUAAAUUCUAUUGGCGUCAAUCGUCAGAUACCAAGGAGAAUAUAGAUAUACAUCAAUUAUUAGCUAUCACUAUUGUUACUCGUAUGGCUGAUAAUGGUAACAAUCAACGUAGCCCAGUUAUUUAUCCAAAGAAGAAACAACAGAUUACAACUUCCCCUCCAACUUCACCUGUCGCUAAACAAGAAGAUAACAAAAUGAUUUUUGAUAAUCUUUUAACGAGCAAGAACGACGAGGAUCUUCAAAAUAUGUUGAAUGGAAACAUAUCUGAGGUCUCAACGGAUACUAAAAGUUUUAAAGAAAAACUUAUAAUGUUUGAGAAACUUGGAAAGUGAAUCCUAUCGUAUUCUUUUUUCUUUUAUUUUUUUUUUUUUUUCAAAUUAUAAUACAUAUUUUCAUGCUUCGAGUAAGAUUACCGGUCUAAUUAAUUAAUCAAUCAAUUAAUCUGUCGAUGGAGCAUUUUUCUCUUUGUAUUUUUUUUUUUUUUUUUUUUCUUUCAAAAGAAUUUUUUCUUCGAUUCGAUUUUUUUUUUUCCUUUUUUAUAUAUAUAUAAAAACAAUAACAACAACGACGUUCUAGCCUGGAUAAAAUAUUAAUUAAUUAAUUGUGCAUUCUACGGGAUGAUACCAUUCCGUUAUCUCUUUUCGAUAUACAUAUAUAUAUAUAUAUAAAAAAAAAUUUUCUUUUUUAUAUAAUGAAUCUUUUUUUCAGAUUCGAUAUAGUAUGUAUAUAUAUAUAUAUAAACAUACAUAUAUACAUACAUAUAUACAUGUACACGUUAACUAUAAUACUCCAUUCGCUUUCUUAAAAGGAAGACAUUGGAGUGUAACGAGAGAAUAAUUAAUUCUCUGUUUGAUUUGUAAAUAACUAGACAAAUUUAUGUCUCCGAGAUAAUAACAUAAUAUAUUUUAUUCGUGUAUAGAAGAAUGGAAAACUGAAAAAAAAGGAAACGAAAAAAAAAAACGGAACAAAAAUGAAAUAAUAAUGAGAAAAAGAUGCUUAAAUAAUAUCGUUGAGAGUGAAAGAGGAAGGUAAAAUAGAUGAAAAAAAAAAAAAAAGAGAAAAAAAAGAAACAGAAUGUUCUUCGAUGAUUAUUCUUUUAUCAAUCUUACUUUCAUUAAUGAAAGUUUAAUAUACCCUUUGUUUACCACCACCGAACUUACCCCAAACCCUCUAGUUUCCCUUUUUGAAAAUAAAAAUUUCACCAGGCUGCAGUAUUAAUCACGGUGCCUAUCCCAUGAAAACAUAAUUGCAUCGUGCUUCUUUGGAGACUUCGUAGAAGCUUUAGUUGUAAACAUUAUACGUCGUUGUACAGUAGUAUAUAGUAUAUAUAUAUAUAUAUUUUUUUUUUCUUUCUUGAAAACUAUUCCUUUAGAGCGAUCGUGCAUAUAAAUAUUAUCGUCAUAUAUAUAUAUAUAUAUUUUAUUUCGUGUCGUGUAAAUAAAAAGAGAAAAAGAAAAAAAAAAAAUUGAAGAAAAAAAAAGAAAAAAAAUAAUUAAUUAUGAAAGAUAAAACAUAUUACACACAAUGUACUAAUAACUAAUCAAUCGCAGAAGAUAAAUGGCAUAAGUUAAUAAGUAAUCAUCAUCAUCAUCAUCAUCAUUAUUAUUUUAUAUCGUUAUCAUCAUUUUAUCAUUCAUCUUGGAUACUUGCAAAUUAAUUUUCUCAAGGUUUACGAUAAACAUUCCAAGACUCUGGCUUUUUUGAAAAUUUGUUCUUGAGACGGUAAGAAAUGAGAAUGUAAGAAAAGUAAUGCGCAUAUCAUAUUCUUGUAAUUAACACUUUUUGUUGAUUAUUAAUUGUUGAUUGUUGAUUGUUGUUGUUGUUUUGUCGUCGUCGUCGUCGUCGUCGUCGUUGUCAUUGUCGUUGUCAUCAUCGUCGUCGUUAUUAGAGUCUGUUUGUGAGUGCCUUAAAUUAAUAAUUUUAGGGGACUUAAUCAAAGAUGUUUCGAUCAAAAUUAUUAUUACCCUUAAUUUUGUAGAUAACAUUAUGUGUUCGAUAGUCGAAGAACUUGCAAGGUGAAUUAAUUCAAUAUCUAAAUAUCCAUAUAACAAAAGAAAAAAAAAUAUAGAUAAAUAGAUAUAUAUAUAUAUAUAUAUAAAUAUAUAUAUAAUACAUGGCAUUAACUCAAAACGAGGAUGUAAAUAAAGUCUGCCAUUAAGAUUAUAGUUUGACAACAGAUUUUCUUUUCUCUUUAUUAAACCUGCUUACUGGAUGCACCAUAAGGAUGCACACUUAAAAAAUUACAAAAUACUUCGCUUGUAUACUCUUCGAUCUCGUCAGAAAAUUUCUACGUAUGCAUAAUAAUGAAAAUUAGAAUUUUUCACAUAAUGAAAAGAAAAAAGAAAAUAUAUAUAUAUAUAAAAAAAAUACCAUGAUAGAAGAGUACUUUAUAUAUUUGAGAUUGUAGCAAUUAUUUUCUUUUUCUCUUGCACGAGUUUUUCAAAAAAAAAAAAAAAAGAAAAGAAAGUAUCUCUUUUCACAUUAGUAAAAUUCUACGAACAAUAUCAUUAAUAUCUUAUUUUAUUAUACCAGUCGCUCCGUAGAAAUUUUUAACGUAUAAAAGAGGAAUGUAACAUUUGUAUAAUAUUGGCAAUGAUCAUAUGUAUAACAGUUUUCUUUUUUUUGCUUGUUUAGUGAUAUAGAUUAUCUUUUAGCACAACAAUCCACACUUUAUGAAUAAGUUGAAUCAGUCGUAUAUAUAUAUAUAUGUAAUAUAUGCUUAUUAUUAUAUAUAUAUAUACCUAUAUAUAUAUACACAAUCACAUGUAAAUUUUAAAUAUUGCAAAUCGAUAAAAGUCCUUUAUUUUAUUUUUUUUUUGUUCUUUUUAAUUAUAUUUUUUUUUUAUUUUUUUUUAUUUUUUUAAUUUUUUUUUGGAUACUGAAACCAACACUGUGGAAUCACCGAUAUAAGGACGAAUAAUUGCAAAAGACAUGUCUCGAUCAUAUCGUUGCUAUUCAACUUUGUGUUUCCUUGAUUAAUACGUUGACAAAGCUCUUCUCAUUGAGAAGACUUGUAUCAAAAUUAUGUAUCUCUCCAAGAGUAAAAGAAAUGUGUUGUGCUUAUCACCAUCAAUCAUUAUGACUUACAAUAUAAAUUAGCUAAACAAACAACGACCUCUGGAAAAUGCCAGUGUGCAUCGUUAUUAUUAUAAUAAUAGGAAUUAAAUAUCUCUAAAAUUCUAAUCCAUUGCUCCAUUUAACAUGUUGCUCUUUAAUAUAUCUAACCUGCUUAUCGUGGAGUCUAAUGCUUGAAAAUACUAUAUCGAAGAAAAAAAAAGAAAAAAAAAAAAGAAAACAUAUAUAUAUAAAAAAAAAAAAUAAUAUACAAUUCUUCGCAAUCAUGUCCUUCAUUUUCAAGACUCACAAAUGAUGUGCUUCGUAUAUACUGGUAUGUGCACCAUUGAACACAGUUUAUAAAAAAAAAAAAGAGAAAGAAAAAAAAAUAAGAAUUUACAAUUCAUCAUGCGUAUCCAUAA